AUUAUAUUUUUUUACUUUCAGAAUUAAAAUUAUCCCGAGACAAGAUCGAAGUGUGAUAUAAGAAAAACAGAAUUAUCUUUUUUGGAUCCAACCAAAAGUAUCUGGAUCCAAUCAGAAGUUUCUUUAACCAACAAGAAGUAUCUGAAAUCAACCAGAAGAAUUUGGAUCCAACCACUCCAGAAGUAUCUCAAAUCAACCAGAAGUAUCUAGAUCUAACCAGAAGUAUCUGGAUCCAACCAGAAGUAUCCGGAUCCAACCAGAAGUAUCUGGAUCCAACCAGAAGUAUCUGGAUCCAACCAAAGGUAUUUGGAUCCAACCAGAAGUAUCCAGAUCCAACCAGAAGUAUCCGGAUUCAACCAGAAGUAUCCGGAUCCAACCAGAAGUAUCUGGAUCCAACGAGAAGCAUCUAUUUUGAUCUGAUCUAAUAAAUAUCUGAGCCCAUCCCAACCCUGUAAAAAUGAUUCUUCUUCUACUCUUUAUGUUAACAUCAACAGAUAUGCUGGCUCUAAGUGAUAGCAGUGCAGGAGUCUCUUCAGAAACCAGGAUUGAAGAAAGUUUAUCCUCUGGAAACCUGACUGUUGUACAAGGGGAGACCGUGAUGCUAGUCUGUACUGUACUCAACCUUGGAGAUAAAUCGGUUUCCUGGGUGCGUCUAAAAGACCCUAACCCUCAGUUAAUGUCUCUAAACAACGUUACAAACUCUCAAAACCCCAGGUUUCGAGCUCUGGUAUCCGACUGGAAAGAGUUUGUUCUUCUGGUAAAGAAUGUGAAGGAAGAAGAUGCUGGGCUUUAUCAAUGCCAGGUUUCUGGACCCAAGCAUACAUCGAUAACAAGGACUGUUUCUCUCACUGUUAUAGAGGGAAAUACUGAAAUCCUUGAUGGACCAGUGAUCUAUGUUGAUCCUCUCUCCACCCUGACGCUAACCUGCCGGGUAGAUUUCGGACACAAAACUCCAGAAUUUCUCAUCUGGAGGAAAGAAGACAAGAUACUGAAGUUUGAGGGAGGAGAGGGAAUGGUUGAACCCUAUCUAGAGCAAGAUCAACAGGGACGUCAUCUCUCACAUCUUCACGUCAAGGAAUAAUAUUCUCUCAAUUAUUUUUUACUUAAAAUAAGAAGCCGGGUUAAAAAGGGGCUUAGAAAUAAAAAAAUAUGAAUUUUUCAAGGUAAAGAAAAAAAUCUUAUUCAAAAUUGGUUUCCUCUGGACCAAAUGUUUUUAUAAAGAUACCCCAGAAGCAAACAAUAUUUAAGUCUAACUAUUUGAGACCUUAAAAAAGUUUCAAGUUUAAAAAGUGCUAAAUUAGCGUAUGCUGGUGUCGUAGCGUAGCACUUAAAAUGGUUUACGGGCUCAAACAAAAUAGCAGUAACAUUCCCCUUGAUAAAAGAUUGUUAACACGAAGUCUAGAGGUUAAUGCUAGUAUUUAAAUACUAAUAGCUCCAUCUUGUGUAUAAAAGCGUAGAAGGGGAAACUAUUCUAUAUUUACUUGUUUAGUUAAUUGACAGGAAAUACAGGAAAUACAUGAAAUACAGGGUACAUUAGAUAGAUUAUAGCUGAGGUAAAAUAGAUUCAAGUUUAUAUUUCUUUAUGUUCUCUACAAAAUAUCUAAUAUUUUGUUUUAUUAUAACAUAAAUAUUGAUAUAUCUUCAAUGUAAACUUGAACAUAUUGAGUACAUGAUAAAUACAGAGAAGAUAAUGUUCACUGUAAGUAAUAAACGAAGAGAAGAAUAUGUACACUAUAAAUGAUGAUUAUAGAGAAGAAUAUGUACACUGUACAUAAUAAAUAUAGAGAAGAAUAUGUUCACUGUACAUGAUAGUUAUAGAGAAAAAUAUUUAAACUGUACAUUUUGAAUAUAGAGAAGGAUAUGUAAACUGUACAUGUUGAAUAUAGAGAAGGAUAUGUAAACUGUACAUGUUGAAUAUAGAGAAGGAUAU